UAAAAUCCACAAAAUGUACAGCUGCGGAGAAACAUCAGAUGUGUGUUUAUUUCCUGGGUCAUUUAACCAUGAUGCCGUUGGUCGCCGUUGUAGCGCAUGCGCAGUCAUACGGAUCAGAAUUCAGAUCCGACUGUCACUGAAGGUGCCUGAUCCUGCUCUUCUCCGCUCGUAUGUGGCAGUAAUCCAGUUUUUUCUCUUCAUUUUGGAGCAUGUCGACGACAGGGGCUCCUUCGGCAGCAUAGUGCUGGCAUAUUACAGAUGCAGGAUGCGGUGUUGUCCCAGCUCAGUGAUCCACCUGCUGCGCUGUGUGCGGUUGCGGUCGUGUACAAGGAGAGGAAAAAACCGAGUACCACUCUGGAUUAAGGAAAUAUGGGCUUACCUGAGGCUGCUAGUGCAGUCACUUUACUUUAACUCCCUGACAGACUCUGAUGUGGUUUUUGACUCCGUCUUUGAGCCUGUGUUUUGGACUGUGGAUUAUGUCACCCGCUGGUUUGGCACAGUGUUUGUCUGUCUGGUGGUGAUACUGGCCGGCUCCGUUAUACUGAUAGCUUAUUCUGUCAUACUGCCUCUGGUCUUCAAGACAUACAGCCCUCCAUGGAUUGCUUGGCAUGUUUGUUACGGACACUGGAACAUCAUCAUGAUUGCUUUUCAUUACUACAAGGCCACCAAGACGUCCCCUGGUUACCCCCCCACAGAAAAAAAUGAUAGUCCAUUUGUGUCAGUCUGCAAAAAAUGCAUCAUCCCCAAACCAGCAAGGACACACCACUGUGGCAUCUGCAACAGGUGCAUUCUGAAGAUGGACCAUCACUGUCCCUGGUUGAAUAACUGCGUGGGCCACUUUAACCAGCGGUACUUCUUCUCCUUCUGCGUCGCCUUGACCGUGGGCUGUGCCUACGUUAGCAUCAGUGGCAGAAACCUGUUCCUUGAUUCCUACAAUGCUCUUGAGCGCUUUAAGCAUUUGGACACAGACAAGCCAGGGAUUCCAGUAACAGGGAUGGGACAACUUAUAGGGCUUCUCCCACCUGGGCAGACCAACUUUGUGACUCCUGCACCUCCUCACAGCUUUAAGGAUAGGAUGUUUCACAAGUGCAUCAUCUACAUGUGGGUGCUUGCCAGCACAGUGACAGUGGCCCUCACACCUCUGAGCAUUUGGCAUGCAGUCCUCAUAUCCAGAGGAGAGACCAGCAUAGAGAGACACAUUAACGGCAAAGAAACCAAGCGGCUGGCGAAACGAGGAAGGGUGUACAGUAACCCUUUCAACUACGGCAGGCUGAAUAACUGGAAACUCUUCUUAGGCGUGGAGAAAAGGAGUCACUGGUUGACACGUGUCCUCCCCUCUGGACACCCCCCGCCUGGUGAUGGUCUGACAUGGCAGGUGGCCCAGGUUAAACAGGAGUUAAUACCUGUAUGACAGACUCUGCUUAGGCACACCUUUGGCCUACAUUCUGCAGUGUUUCGCUGCAUCCGACCGGCUCUGGUCUUUUGAUCAGGUCGGACUAAAGGGAUCCCUUCAAGGUGGCUCUUAACAGCUGAAGACAUGGACUCAUGUUAACCUCCAAUACAACAAAUUCUCGCCGUGUUUUGAUGGUCUACAUUUUUCACCGGUGACAUGGAGGGUUUCUUCACAGACUGGUCUUUGGUGACUCGGAGCAUUACACUGGGAUGGGUUUGAUAUUUCUCAAAGCCUAAAAUACUCACUGACAUAUCAUGGACUGAAUUACUUUUCGAUUUUUUUUUUAAAGUCAUCAUUCUGUUUUCCCCCCAAGAUGAUUUUUAUGUAUGAAAAGAAGAAAAAACGCUUAUGUUUGGGACACAAUGUUUCCUUCCAACACUUCGACCUCCCAGCUCCAUCAUCCGACUCCAGUCCAAUAUUAUACUUUAAAGGGAAACUGCUGUACCAUGACAAUGUGUUAUUUAUCAGAUUUUUUUGUACUUGUUAAGUUAAUAAAUCUUUAUAAAUUGA